UGGGAGUGGGUGUUGAUGCUUUUGUGUAGUUUACUGUAGACACUAGAGAAUCUGUAUUAUAGCUGUGUCACUGCAAGCAGGUGAACGCGCACUGAUAGAUAGGUAUAAUGUCGCACUCCGGUACAGACUGUCACGCCAAGAGUAAAGAGGAGAACUCUUCAUGCUGUGCAUAUGAAGAUUACAAACAGACGGCAGACUGGCUGUUGGCCAACACAAAACAACGCCCCACAGUUGCAAUUGUUUGUGGCUCUGGUCUGGGUGCCCUGGGAGAUCUCCUGGAGGAUCAAGAAGCUUUUAACUAUGGCGACAUCCCAAACUUCCCAAAGAGCACAGUUCCUGGUCAUGCCGGACGUCUCAUAUUUGGAAAUCUAAAUGGGAAGUCAUGUGUCUGUAUGCAGGGCCGCUUUCACUUUUAUGAAGGUUAUCCACUGUGGAAGGUGACCUUUCCAAUCCGUGUUUUCCGUCUGAUCGGGGUAGACACAGUCAUUGUCACCAAUGCUGCAGGAGGACUGAAUCAGAAAUUUGAAGUUGGAGACAUCAUGGUCAUAAUAGAUCAUAUAAACCUUUUAGGAUUUGCAGGGCAGAGUCCACUUUUUGGUCACAAUGAGGACAGAUUUGGCCCCCGGUUUCCCGCCAUGUCUGAUGCCUACGACAAGCAGUUGAGGGAGCUUGUUCUGGAUAUUGGCAAUGAGCUGGGAUUAUCCAAAAAGAUGCAAAAAGGUGUUUACUGUGGCUUGGGAGGACCCAACUUUGAGACCAUUGCUGAAUGUCGAUUCCUUAGAAAUCUUGGUGCAGAUUCUGUGGGGAUGAGCACAGUGCAUGAGGUGCUCGUGGCCAGACACUGUGGCUUACGUGUACUUGGAUUGUCACUUAUAACUAACAAGGCUGUGAUGGAUUAUGAAAGUAACCAAACUGCAAAUCAUGAAGAGGUGCUCCAAGCUGGAAAGCAAAGUGCCAAAAUUAUGGAGAAGCUAGUAUCCACGCUGCUCAAGCGCAUGUAGACGAACAAUAAGAUGCUUUGUGUUCAUUGGGACCAUUAAGAUGAAUAGAAAGAUCUAUUGUGCCUUCACACAAGCUAUUCUGUGCAGUUCAAAAAUCUAUUAAACCAAAAGGAACCCUGCUUUAUUUUUACUAUGGUACCAGUAAAACACAAAGCCCUCAUGUCUGUCAGCAAACCCAAUGGCUAGUCAUGAAGCACGUACAUAACAUUCCACAAUAAAAUCAGGAAUAAUCUAUAAAACAACAGUUAUUUUUGCUUUAUCUCUACCUCCCUUAAACUUUGUGCAAGACAAUCUUUGUAAACACUUUCCCCAAAAUUCACUAAGCAUGGAGAAGACCAGCAAUGCAAACCUCACAACCCACUAUAUUAUUUCCUAGAGCCUUUUCUUUCAAAUGUGUAGUGAUUAUUCACUUUGCAGCCCCAUAGAAUAAAAUAUCUGUUUCCUAGAGGAAUGUAUUUUCCAUUCUAUAUGGAUGUAGGCCAGAGACUCCAACCAACGCAUCUUCAAUCUUUUGUUAUUACCUAAGCUUUAACGGUCAUUAAUAUUUUUUUAAAAAUAUUUUUUAUCAAUGUCACAUUUUAUUUUAGGUCAUAAGAAGAUGUGUUGUGACUAGGACUUCUGUGGAAAGGAAUAUUACCCUUUUUAAUUUUGUUACUUUAUUAUUCAAAUAUCUUCUAUUAGAAUAUUUUAAAAACAAAGAUGGAACAAAACGGUUUUACGGUUUUUAUGUUGUUUGGUUCUUUUAAUAAACAUUGAGCAUAAACUGUAA